AUGUCGGAACAUAAAGAGACUGGUCUGUCCGGGUCACAGUCGAUGUCGACAUCCAGUUCGGACUCCGAGUCUGAUCGAUCCCAGAGCUUGGCUGGUACGGGGACAAGACUCAGAUCUUCGUCGAAUCCAGGACUGCAUCAGUUGGAUCGGGUUUAUUCGGGACGACACAUGAAUGACCAGUCAGUAUACCACAGCGAUGGCGAACAUAAGGAUGCUGCCACACCCGUCCAAGAAGUGAGAGAUGGGACUGUGAAUGAGCGCGACCUGGAUCUGGAGAAUGCAGGUCCUUCACGACCUGAGUUGGAGAAAACCCGGACGGGCAAGUCGAAUCGGUCUCAUGCCGAUCCGAAAUUGGUAACAUGGGAUGGUCCAGACGACCCUGAGAAUCCAAAGAACUGGAGUUACAAGAAGAAAUGGGCGGCCGUUAUCACCGUGUCAUUGUUCACAUUCAUCUCACCCGUCUCUUCUUCAAUGGUUGCACCGGCAUUAAAGGAGCUCGCAGCUGAUUUGCACGUCACCGAUCAGGUUGUCUCGCAACUUAUGCUUUCAGUCUUCGUUCUAGCCUAUGCAGUAGGUCCGUUAUUCCUCGGACCAUUAUCAGAGGUCUACGGGCGAACCAUCGUCCUGCAACUUGCCAACCUCUUUUUCCUGGUCUUCAACAUUGGAUGCGCCGUUUCUCAAACUAAAGUCCAAUUGAUCGUCUGCCGAUUCUUCUCUGGACUAGGAGGCAGUGCCCCACUCGCAAUCGGCGGCGGCGUCCUAUCAGACUGUUUCCGCCCCGAAGAGCGCGGCAAAGGAAUCGCAAUCUACAGUCUGGCCCCCCUCCUCGGUCCAGCCAUGGGCCCAAUCGCCGGCGGCUUCAUAGCAGAACACACAAGCUGGCGCUGGGUCUUCUACUCCACCUCCAUCGCCGACGCCCUAAUCCAAGCAAUGGGCCUCUUAUUCCUCCGCGAAAGCUACGGCCCCGUCCUCCUGCGCGCACGCGCCGCACGCCUACGAAAAGAAACCAACGACGAAACCUACCAAACCGAAACCGAACGCCAAAACAGAACCCUACCGCAAGUCAUCCGCAGCGCACUAGUCCGCCCCUUCCGCCUCCUCUUCACCCAACCAAUCGUGCAAGCCCUCGCCCUCUUCAUGGCCUACAUCUACGGCAUAAUGUACCUCGUCCUCUCGACCUUCCCAACCCUCUGGACCAGCGCAGCCUACUACAACGAAUCAACCGGCAUAGGCGGACUCAACUACAUCUCCCUAGGUCUGGGCUUCUUCCUCGGCAGCCAGAUCUGCGCCCCGCUAAACGACCGCAUCUACCGCCGUCUCAAAGCGCGCAACGGCGGCGUCGGAAAACCCGAGUUCCGUGUCCCGCUGCUCUUCGUCGGUGCCUUUCUCAUUCCCUCGGGUCUAUUUAUCUACGGCUGGACGGCCCAGUAUCGGGUUCAUUGGAUUGCGCCGAAUAUCGGUGCCGUGCUCUUUGGCGCGGGCAAUAUCGUCGCUUUCCAGUGUAUUCAGACGUAUAUGGUUGAUACGUACGCGCGGUAUGCGGCGAGUGCGCUUGCGGCGGGGUCGUUCCUGAGAUCGCUGGCUGGUUUCGGGUUCCCGCUUUUCGCCCCGUAUAUGUAUUCGGCGCUGGGGUAUGGGUGGGGGAAUAGUGUACUGGCGUUUGUGGCUGUGGUGAUUGGGGCUUUGGCGCCGGUGUUGAUGUGGAGGUUUGGGGAGACGUUGAGGAAGAAGAGUACUUAUGCGGCGGGAUAG